CUGGGCAAAAUGUUCCACCGCCCGGGUCUGGUAACUGGCGGGAUAUCAAAGACUGGCACACCGGGCAGGACUCCGGGCAGCGGCACACCGGGCUGGACUCCGGGCAGAGGCACACCGGGCUGGACUCCGGGCAGAGGCACAUCGAGCAGAGGCACACCGGGCAGAGGCACACCGGGCAGAGGCACACCGGGCAGAGGCACAUCGGGCAGAGGCACAUCGGGCAGGACUCCGGGCAGAGGCACAUCGGGCAGGACUCCGGGCAGAGGCACAUCGGGCAGGACUCCGGGCAGAGGCACAUCGGGCAGGACUCCGGGCAGAGGCACAUCGGAUUUCCAGGCGAAGCAGCAGCAGGCAGCGGGCCACCAGGCGGAGCAGCAGGCACCGGGCCCCGGGCGGGGCGGCGGGCACCGAGUCACCAGGCACAACCGUGGGCUCCGAGUCAACUGGGAUGACCGCUGGCACUGGGUCAGACAUUGGAUCGUCUGGCUGGACAGCGGGCAUCGGGUCACCAGGCAUCAGGUGAUUUGGCUCGACAGCGGGCACCGCGUCAUCUGGCAAGGCAGUGGGCUCCGAGUCAACUGGUAUGACGGCGGGCACUGGGUCAGACAUUGGAUCGUCUGGCUGGACAGCGGGCACUGGGUCACCAGGCAUCAGGUCAUUUGGCUCGACAGCGGGCACCGCGUCAUCUGGCAAGGCAGUGGGCUCCGAGUCAACAGGCACGACAGUGAGCACCGGGUCAUCAGGAACCGGAUUGUCUGGCUCGACAGCGGGCAU